GGAUUCAAGCAAAAUAACAAGUCACUGAAAUCUAUUGCUACAGAUAGGAAAGGCUUAUAGAAUUCGCUAAUCAUUAAUAUUAUUUUCCAGUCGUUACGUUGUUUUUGUUUUCGAUUCAUUUUGUGUCUUCUUGUCUACCGAUCGUUUUCUGUUACGUACGUGAAAACAAAAAAGAAACGAUUUACACACACCAUGUUUCGUAAUCAAUAUGAUAGUGAUGUUACAGUAUGGAGUCCUCAAGGCCGCUUACAUCAAGUAGAAUAUGCUAUGGAAGCUGUAAAAUUAGGUUCAGCUGUUGUUGCAUUGAAGAACAAAACACAUGCUGCCAUUGUUGCUCUUAAGCGUGCUCCAAACGAACUAUCAGCUUAUCAAAAAAAAAUUAUUCCUGUAGAUGAUCAUAUAGGUUUUUCAUUUUCUGGUUUAUUGGCUGAUGCACGUAUUCUUAGUAAAUAUAUGAGAUCAGAAUGUUCAUCGCACAAAUUUGCUCAUGGUGAAGAUCUCCCAGUAAAUAGAUUAAUGACCAAAGUAGGUAACAGAAUGCAAUUAUGCACACAAAGAUAUGAUAAACGCCCGUAUGGUGUUGGUUUACUUGUAGCAGGAUAUGAUGAUAAUGGUCCUCAUAUUUACCAAACAUGUCCUUCUGCAAACUAUACAGAUUGUAAAGCUAUGGCUAUUGGAUCAAGAUCACAAAGUGCACGUACAUACCUAGAAAGAAAUUUAGAAGCUUUUAAGGAGACAACUUUAGAAGAGUUAUUGAAACAUGGCAUGAGAGCUUUGAGGGACACUUUACCUAAUGAUGUCAAUCUUACGUCAAAAAAUGUAUCAAUUGCUGUUGUUGGCAAAGGUCAGUUAUUUGAAAUUUUUAAUGAAGAAAAAACUCAAGCACACUUAUUAUUAAUUGAAGGCGAGGAAAGAAGAGCUCCAGUGCCAUCCAGUGAUUCUGCAAGCAGUGGAUCUCAGCCACCACAGGAUGGACCAGGUGCUCCUCCUAGUGAUGCUGUACCAGCAGUUGCAAUGGAAACAGAAUAAUUGUAAUGGAACUAAGGCUAAAUAUUAUCAAUAUAAACUUUUUUUUAUGUAUGUCUCGAUUAAUUAAAAAAAACAAUGGCUAUGA